AUGUCUUCUAGUGCAUCUCCAGGCAACUGCGAAAACACGGCCUGCGAGAAUGACCAACUUCCAGAUAUCAAAAAUGACCUAGAUUUUGCACGAUGGCAUGAUAGAACCCGGAUAGAAUUGUUGGAGGCCACCUACGACAAAUACCAAGCUUGUCUCGACGAACUGGAAUUGUCCGCCUCGCAUCUAGAUGACCUUCUUCGCGACAGCACCCUGACCUUAGACCUAUUAUCCAGUUUAUCUCGAUCCUUCAAGACGGUAGAAGCUAGUACUACGGCUUUCCAACAACAAUGCGAGGGCCUACUGGCCGCAGAGCAACGGAGCUCCAAGCUCGCCGAUGCCAUCCAAGAAAAUCUACGAUACUAUGACUAUUUGGACCCCGCAUCGAGAAGACUCAAUGCACCUGGGGCUGGCAAUUCUGUCCGGACUCAAGACUUCUCCGAUAUGCUGCGACGCUUGGACGAAUGCCUGGAUUAUAUGCAAGCUCACCCUGAACAAAAGGAAGCAGAGACAUAUAGAUCCCGUUACCGCCUAUUGCUCACCCGUGCAUUGACCCUGAUACGAGGGCAAUUUGUUGCCACACUUCGAGAGAUAUCUGCGGGCGUGUCGAAACGGAUUGCUGAUCGACAACUCAACGAUACUACCAUGUCGGCACUAUUAUAUGCGAAAUUCCGCGUAGGAGCUACUGAAAUGAAAGCCAUUGGUCUAGAAAUCCAGAAGAGAGCUGUGCCUCCGCUGGAUCCUGAACAAGGCGCUGAAGCUGAAUACCAAAGUCUACUGAAUGAGCUUCAUAGCAAUUUCUCGGCCACUCGAGGAAAGCUGAUUAUACCGCUUGUGCGGAAGAGGCUUAAUGACAUUGCAAAUGCUCCCAGCACGGCUCAAGAUCUUGUAGCAUUUGCCCGUGCUAGCAUUAGCUAUAUUCGAGGAAUCUGUUUAGACGAGUUUGACUUAUGGGGCCAAUGGUUCCACGGACAACAAGGCCUCUAUGAUUUUCUAGAGUCCGUCUGCGAGCCACUAUAUGAUCAUCUACGGCCUCGCAUUAUCCAUGAGACCAAGCUGGUGAAACUGUGUCAGCUUUGCACCCUCUUGCAAACUAGGUACCUUCUGGACCCGGAGGAAGAAGGCGAAUAUCCAAACCCAAAUCAGCUAGACUUCUCCGUAUUAAUACAGCCCGCCCUCCAGGAUACACAAACACGUCUGGUCUUUAGGGCCCAAGCUAUCCUCAGGGACGAGAUUGAAAGAUAUAAACCGAAACCGGAGGACCUUGACUACCCCGCUCGAAACCAGAGGGUUUCCAUGCUCACCGGGACAAAACUCUCAUCCACUGAAUCGACAUCGCCGUUGCCUAGAGUUCCGACUAUUAUAGAUGAGGAGCUUGACUCUCCUGGGGAAAAGGAUUCCAAAUGGGAUUUUGAUACCAGAUCAGUAUUUGAAGGCUGGUACCCGACUCUGAGGAAGGCUGUCUGGCUACUCAGCCGCAUAUAUCGGCUUGUCAAUUCCACUGUUUUUGACGAUCUCGCCCACCAAAUAGUGCACCAAACCACUCUUUCGCUGUAUCAAGCGAGUCUUCAAAUUGGGACCAAGGCCUCCCAACCAGAUGCCCAACUAUUCCUCAUUAAACAUCUCCUUAUCUUGAAACAACAAAUUGUUGCCUUUGAUAUCGAAUUUGUUUCCCCGGACGUGUCAUUUGAUUUCUCCGGCGUAACCAAUACUUUUUGGGAACUACGAGAACGUGGCGGCCUGUUUAAUCCACGGAAUCUGGUCCGAUUACUUGGAAACGGCCUCUUGCCUAGAGUCGUUGAGAAUAUGCUCGAUGCCAAGGUUGAACUGGAUGGCAGACUGCGAACAGUCAUCAACGAUUUUACAAACUCUUCUGCCGCCAACAUGGCCACGUCUCUGCCCUCCAAAAUCACAGCCACGUCCGUGCCCCAAGCUCGAGGCGCUAUCGAAUCUAUGCGCCAGGUUGUUCAGAAGAAGGUUCCCGAGCUGCGGAAACUCUUGGAUAGUUAUAUCGAUGAUGCGCGAACAAGGGAGACACUUGUCGCUGCUGUACAAGACAAUCUAACUCAAUUAUAUGAAGAUUUCUUCGAAGCAUAUGUUGCCGCCAAAUCCGGUGGAAAUCGAGUUGUCAAGAUAAACCAUGAGGCGGAUGGUGUGUUGGACGUGGACACUUUCACAGGCUGGAGCGAGAGCAUCUUUCGAGUGGGGAUUUUAGGCUUGGAAGGUUCUGAGGGAGGUGAAGAGGAUGGGGGUAGUGACGACGAUGAUGGUGAGGUGGAUAGUGGACGAAGCGUAUAG